AUGGAAAUAACAUCCGAGACAGCUGAUUUAUUACAAAAUGAUCCAUUUUAUUCUCGAUAUGUACGAUUUGAUCGUGAUAAAUGGCAAUUCUCACCAAUUAUACAAGUUGAAUAUUCACAAUUGACAACAUCUAGUACUGAUGAUUUUCAACGACAAUCAAGAAAAUUAACAAAACGAGCACAGACGUCUAAUAGUGAAUGAAACAUGGAGGAACAAUUUGCUGCCGUACGUUCUUUAAGACGAUUAUCCACGGAAAGUCCAGCAAAAACAAAAAAAUGAUCUGAAUGGAUAGACAUGUUCAAACUUUACCAAAAAUGUAUUUCCUUUUUUUAUGCAAAUAACGUUUUACACUGUGUUGUUUGUGUGUGGUAGUAAGUUAGUAGUAGUAGUACAAUAAAAGUUUUGUUUCAUACUGUGAAAGAACCAAAGAACGAAAAUAAUCAUAAUAAUAAUCAAAAAUCCGGGAAGCGCUUUCUCCAGCAUUUUUCGAACUUUAGGCUAUAAGGCGACACCUCACGUAUGACAGGUGAUAUUGAUCGAUUUCAACCAGUCCAUCCAGAAUUCAUACAAAGUUCAGGAAGAUAUCAUCUUGUAGAGAAAAGUGAACUCUACGAGACUAGCAUAAGUUCCGAAUUUUAGAAAUUGCUUUUAAAUCCAACGUUUAGGGAAUACAAAAGUCGAUGCCAUUUUGAGAACCAAAAUUUGAAAAAAACACAUACUAAACUUUCUUUUUCAAAAUUUCAAAAUAGACAGUUUUCUUCAGUUUCUCAUACUCUUUCAAAUGGUGUAUAAACAGGAUUUUUCCAUUAAACUUUAAAUCGAAAAAAGUUCAUUGUUUUGGAAUUUUCUUCCCU